AUGCCUUUUAUUCAGCGAAGAUCUUCAAAAGCGCUCCGAUAUCAUUGGCUGGAGAUUGGAGUUCAGAGAGGCGAUGCGCGUGUAUGUCAAAGAAAACAUGUCCUAACAAAAGCAACUUUACAAGAUGCCGGUGGUGUCCGGAUCUAUAAAUGUAUGGGUGUGCGGGGCGGACACGGACAUGGGCACGAGCACGGGUAUAAUUGGUUAACGGCGAGUAACGGAAGGACGGAGAUAAGUGUUUUUCUUUUAGCGACGGGCUCCGCGGCGGCGCGCGGCGCCGCGGAGUUCAUCCUUCCUGUCAGCGAUUAUUCAAUGUGGUGUAGCGCCACCGCACCGGUGGUUACCGAAGACGACCGUUGCUCCGAGAAUAAUAAAAAAACCAGGCCUCGAGCCAGCCAGAUGCAACCGACUCGCGCGGGACGAAUAACAAAGAAUUGCGAACCUCUCCGUAGGCAAUGA